UAACGCGUUUUACCUCAGAAGGAAGGAAAUCCUCAAUCACCUUCUCAGAAAAUAAGCCCUAAGCCAGAAUCCCAAAAGCCCCACAAAUUCCACUCCUGCUUCCUUUGAAACUAUUCUCUCGUUCGCGCUUCUCAAAUCUCCAGAAGCCACUAAUCUUUAUAAAUAUCUCUCUCAAAACUCUAAUUCAUCCACCUCCCUCUCAAGUCCGACUCUAGAUCGGUUGCUUCUCUCCCCUUGUACCACCGAUCUUUUGAUUAUCUUCCACUGCGGGUCUUCUCACUAAUUUUCUCCUAAGAAGAUUGUGCUUUUGCUACAUAUUUAAUGGCUACUUCUGUGGAUAUGUCUCUUGAUGACAUUAUAAAGAAGAACCGAGAGAGAGGUAGAGGGCGUGGUAGGCCCCGCCGAGGCCGUGGCCCAGGUGGGCCUUUCAAUGGUGGAAGAAUGGUUGGAGCAGUUCGUAAAGGUCCUCUUUCAGUGAAUUCUCGUCCGGCACAAUACACAAUUGCCAAGGCAAGCUCAAAAUUGUGGAUAGUAUAUGCGUAUGAUUUUCUGAUAUGCCUAAGAAAUCCAACUGCAAGGGGAUCUCUAGUUAUGAUUUAAAAAAUCAAAAUACAGUGGAUCUGUUGUGUAUUUUAUUGUCGAUCAUGGAGAAGCUCAUUUCGGCCUCAGCCAACAAAUCUUUGUGGCUGUUACAAUUUUAUCAUUACAUUGAAGGAUUUUCUAGAAUUUGUGGGUUAUCUGGACUAUAUAUUGACUAAUGAGGAUUUGCCACAGAUCUGAUCUCAUAAAGUAAAUGUGGAAGCUUGUCUGGGUCCUCAUUUAAGUUGUCAUUGCUAAUUAUUAGCACUUAAUGCCAAAGGGGCUUCAUUAGUUGAGUAUUCUGGAAUGGAUCUCACCAGUAGCAUAACCUCAGUUCACUUUUAGACUCUUCCAUCUUAUAUAGUUGUAGUAUUUGAUGUACUACUUAUUUAGAUGGGGGAGUUUGUGGUGGAUCCUCUUGCUAUGCAAAGUUUCUUCGAUGCCAGAUCCCAGUUUCUCUCCUAGUUCAUGGUGUUUUCGCAAAGGAGCUUCCUUCGCUUAACUUCAGAACUGGAGUUCUCACAUACACCAUAACACCAGUUUACAUAUGCAGUGGAAUUUGUACUGAGAUUGAUAUUGAAGAAUGGUGAUCUUGUUAUAUGGUCAUAAGCUGAUGUAUUCUAUUUGCUUUCAUCAGCCUCCACGCAGAAUCAGGAGUUUGCCUUGGCAGCAUGAUUUGCUUGAAGAUAGCAUUAGAGCUGCUGGAAUAACUGGAGUAGAAAUUGGUACCAAGUUAUAUGUUUCAAACUUGGAUUAUGGAGUCUCCAAUGAAGAUAUAAGGGAACUCUUCUCAGAGAUAGGGGAUCUGAAAAGAUAUGCUGUUCAUUAUGACAAGAAUGGUCGCCCUAGUGGUUCCGCUGAAGUAGUUUAUACAAGAAGAAGUGAUGCCUUUGCAGCUCUUAAGAAGUAUAACAAUGUACUUCUAGAUGGCAAACCCAUGAAGAUUGAAAUUGUGGGUGCCAGUGCAGAAAUGCCUUUCUCGGCUAGAGUCAAUGUGACUGGAGUGGAUGGAAGGAGGAAGCGGACAGUUGUUAUGACGCCUGGACCAGGUCGUGUGAGAGCUGCUGCUCCAAGUAACCGUGGUUCUGGUGCUGGAUCUUUGAGCAGUCAGAACCGUCGUGGGGGUUUGAGAAAUGGUCGAGGCCGUGGGCAAGGUCAAGGUCAAGGUCGGGGUCGGGGUCGUGGUCGUGGGAAGAAGCAACCUUUUGUGAAGUCAGCAGAUGACCUCGACAAGGAAUUGGAGAACUAUCAUGCUGAAGCCAUGCAAACAUAGUGAACUCUUAAGAUGUGCAAAGUGAAAUACCUCAGUAUCAGUCCUAUAGUAGUAUUUUUCUGAUGGUGAUGGCAUCUCUUUGUUUUGCUUAGUGCUUUAAUUUCAGUAUUCCAUAUCUGCCAACUUUGUUGUUAUUGUAAAUGAAGAUGAGUGAUUUUGGGGGUUUUAUUAGCUCUUCCAGUUUGCUUUAUUUUCAUUCGUGUAUGUGGUCAAUCUAUAUAUAUACUAAACGGGAGGUUAGUAGGUCUGUACUGCAAUGAUGGCUAGCUUAAUCGCGUUUAUGUGAUUUGUGUCCCUUUAUCGUCA